AUGGACGAUACACGCUCCCGCCUGGCGUCCCCUUGCACCGUCUCUUUGUCCUCCCUCCGUCCCUCGCCCACGAUGGCGUCCCCGCCUGCCUCCCCACCCGCGUCGAACCCGGCCGACCUCCAGUCGCACCUCUACGCGUCGUUCCUGCACCGCAAGACCGCGGACGUCGCCCUGCGCGUCCGCGGCUCGUGGCACGCGAUCUACAGGCUGCACCGCGUCGUGCUCAUCCAGGCCGGCUUCUUCCAGUCCCUCUUCACCUCGGGCUUCCUCGAGUCCAAGUCCAAGCUCUCUCGCCGCCUCGAACCGGAUGUCAUCGACAUCGUCUUUGACGACCCCAACAUCACCCGUGCCGCUUUUCUGUUUUCCUCUCUAGCAUUCGAAGUGUGCAUAGCCCGUCUCUAUUGCGGAGGUCCGCCCCUCCACAUCGCCCCAUCCCUCAUCCCGACCCCUUCCCUGCCCUUGACGCCCUCCUUCCCUCCCUCCUCGUCCUCGCAUUCUCCAGGAGACACAACCCCAGAAGGUCACCAUCCCGCGACGCCGCGCUUCCUCCUCUCCCUCCUCGCUACCGCCGUCUUCCUCUCCAUCCCCGCCCUCGCCUCCCACGCUCUCUCCAGCGUCCUCCGCACCGUCGGCCCCACCACCGCCGUCCGCUACCUCAACUUCGCCAUCGGCUGCGGCAUCGGCCCUCCAGACUCCGAACCUUCCCGCGCUUGUGAUGGCCGCGAGCCCGCCGUGGGCCUCGACGCCGUCGCCGAGCUCGAGAUGGACGACGACGAGCAGAGCAUCGCCCCAUCUACCAACGCUGCAUCCACGCCGACCCCCGCCUCUGCCUCCGCCUCCUCCUCCGCUCUAAACCCCGAAACCGAUGCCACCGUGCAGAAGGAGGAUCCGACCACCACCUCCGACUUUGACACCGAGUCCGACUCGGGCGACACCGGCCCCGCCCCGAGCUGCUUCUACGGCGCCAUCUCCGACAAGGUCGGCGAGGCCGCCGCCUGCUGGCUCGCCCGCUGGGGCGCCGACAUCCUCGCGUACGAGCUCGACUCCGCAGGCCCCGGCGCGGACUCGGCCGCAGGCACGUUCAAGGUGCCGCCCUCCGUCCUCCGCCCGCGCGCGGGCACCGCCCCCUCGCGCAUCAGCAGCGACUUCGUCGUCGUCGAGCGCAAGAACAAGGGCAGGAUCGCCGAGGACGCGCCCCUCGUGUGGCGCCGCGGCGGCCUGAGCCCCCGCUGGGUCCGUGGCCUGCUCUCCAGCGACGCGCUCUUCGUGCGCGGCGAGCGGGAGCGGUACGACAUGGCGCGCACCGUCGUCGAGCUCCGCCGCGCCGACGGCCUCGACGAAGAGGAGGAGCGCGAGUGGGCCCAGCUGUUCGCCCAAGGGAUCUACUACGCUAACAUGUCGCUCGAUGACCUGAUGGCCAUCUCCCGCGACAUCUCGCCGCGGACGGGCCAGCCGUACGUGCCCCUCACGGUACUGCAGGCCGCGCACUGGAACCAGUCCGCCCUGCGACACCGCAUCACCGCGCGGCCCCCGCCGAGCAACGCCACUGGCGGCGGCAGCAAUAAUUCGGGUUCGCCGCCGGUCUCGCCGAGCGCGCGCGAGAAGGAGCUCGGGAUCGCGCUCAGCAGCGCCGAGGUGGCAGCGUGCGCGGACCGCGACGCACCGCACUAUCCCGUACCCGCAGACUCGUCGGUGCGCAUCGGGGACAGCACCGGCAUCGAGGGCGCGGGGAGCACGAGCAUGGAGGCGCUCUUCGAGGCCUCGGCGGGCACGGACAAGAAAUCGCCGCCGACCUGCGAGGCGAACUUCUUCGGGCUGCAGCAGCAGCGCGUGCCGGCGUCCGCCAUCCCCGCCGAGGGCAGCACUCCCAGUGGACCCUCGCGGUGGACGGCGCACCCGCCGUUCCGGUUCGGCGUGGAGUUCUGGGACAUCGACGCGCUGAAGGAGAAGAGCCGGCUGCACUCGCAGACGGUGUGGUACGCGGGCAGCCUGUACAACGUCUAUGUGCAGGUCGUCCACAAGAAGGGCGUCCAGCUCGGCGUGUACCUCCACCGCCAGUCCAGCGUCGACCCCAUCCCGGGCUCGUCCGCGCCCUCCACACUCGCCUUCGGUGGAGGGAGCAGCCCUACCAGCGGAGGUGGGAACACGCAUGCAAGCGCGUCGGGGACGGGAUCGACCACGUCGUCGUUGUCGCACCGCACGUCCGGGUCAGCGCCGUCACGCCCGGGGUCCUCCGGGGGAGGGGCCCCGCUCUCGCGCACCACGACGCCGUCGACGCCCGCGAGCGUCUCGAGCUCGCUCCCGUCCGGGCUCGGCGUCGCCGCGCCCCCCGCGGCGCACACGCUGCCCGCGACGGCGGCGCCCGCGAUGCCCGCGCAGCCGUACCGCGACCCGCGCGGGGCGGUGUCGGCGUACUUUGCGAUCGCGUGCGCGAGCGCGACGGGCGCGAGCCUCACGCGGUUCGCGAGCGCGCCCGACGUGUUUUCGGUCAGCCAGAGCUGGGGCUGGAAGUCGAGCUCGCUCAGGACGGAGGAGUACCUCGAGGUCGGGCCUGAUGGCCUCGCGCGCGGCGUUGCGCAGGAGGCGAUGCCCGGCGGGCGCGAGGUCAGCCUGCGUGCGACGGUGGUGCUCGGCGUGGUGUGA